GUUCCGCGGAAUCCGAAACGGUAUUUGACUUCCCCAUCAGACCUUCGUCAUGACAUUCUUCCAACAGCCCCUACCCAGUGGGACAUUAGUGUUACUCGCAUACAAUAUCCUCCUUUGGUUAUACCACACUAAUUGACGCCCAGAAAUGGAACCCGAGGGCCCCGAGAGUGAUAGCAGGGAGUCUCUUCCCACUCGGCGUGCAUGUGACCAAUGUCGUCUUAGGAAGAUACGAUGUGACAAACGGUCGCCCUGCUCUAAUUGCCGUAGUUCGCAGAUUCUCUGUCGCACCACAGGCGCAGGCCAAAAGCCUCGUGAGCCACGGAGACGAGUCCUAAUCUCCGAUCAAUAUGAAAAGAAAAUUGACUUGAUCGAAGAUCGCCUGUCCAGCAUAGAACAAGUCCUUCGGGACGUGAAGUCUACAAUUACCUCUAGUACUCCUGCCGACACUUGCUUCCAUGCAACUCCAGAUUCAGGACAGAUGACUCCGUCUGCUUCUGGACUUGCAUCUGACAUCAACGCCACGUUAGACCAACACGAGUCUGGCCCGGCAUUCGAGGGCAAUUCGUCUCUUGCAGCCCAUUCGGCUUAUGCGAGUCAGUUUCUGGAGACAGCGGUCUCACGCAGCGCGCUGCAACUCUCCAGUCCAACGAUCAACACUGCCCUAUCGACGCUCAAGCAGCUUGUCAACAUGCAGGAUUAUCAGGCUCAUCCUUCCUCACGAGACGUUCGCUUCCCUAACCAAAAGGCUAUACCGAGAUCAGGACUGCGGAAUCUGAACAUGCCUCCUGUACAGGUUGUUUUACCCCUGUUGCGCCGAUUGAAAGAGGACCCUACAAAAACUAUCUUGCUAGGGUUCUUCCCUUUUAUAACAGCGGACAGUCUUUUCGAGAAGUGCCGCCAGGUGUACUUUGCCACCGAGGAGUACUCUGACGCUACGUUCAUCGUGGUAAAUGCCUGCUUGGUAUAUAUUUUUAGUGAAAUUAGCUUCUCAGAAAGCGACGCCACAAAACGAGAGAUCUAUGAUAAAUAUCACGACCUCUGUCGUGUUAACCUUGAGACAGGUCUAGCGAACCUGAAUCUUUUGAUGCCUGCAACAAUGGAGUCAAUAGAAGCGCUUACCAUGGGAGCUAUUCACGCAAUUGAAAUCUCGAAACCCUCCUUGGCUUUGGCGUUGACGUCAACCGCAUUUCGGCUGUGUCAGACGCUCGGUUAUCAUCGAGCUUCAUCAAUGGAGAACGACAGUCAACCCGUGAAGCAAAAUAAGCGCUGUCUAUUUUGGUCAGUUUAUGUCACUGAGAAAGCCCUUUCGCUGCGGCUAGGCCGCGCAUCAUCUAUACAGGAUUAUGACAUAUCUGUGCCAACAACAAUUGAACUUCAUGGAGGCCUCGAGCCGUGGAGAACUAUCUAUCCGCUAUGGAUUAAUUUAGCUAGAAUCCAGGGUAAGGUGUACGAGAUGCUCUACAGCCCUACAGCCCUGCGUAAACCUGCAAACGAAAGGGCGUCAUACGCCCGUCAAUUAGCAGCAGAGAUGCAAACGAGCGUUGAAGAGCCAAUCAAGAAGGCCAGCCCGAAAUUCGCGAACCUCUCUGCACUUGAUGAGAUUUACCUCAAGUCGGAUGAAGUCUGCCGCCUGUCUGUGUUGACUCUAAUAUACAGAGCUAUCCCUGCAGCUGCGGAUAGUCGGAGUGCCUUCAUAGACGAAUGUAUUGAGACAGCACGAGUGACACUGGAACUACACCAAAGUUGCAUGACGAUGAUGGAGGAAGGCAACAGAAGUAACGACGUCAAGUGUUCGUACCUACACUGGACGAUAAUGUACUCACCAUUCGUGCCGUUCAUCGUUCUGUUUUGCCAUAUUAUUGAGUCUUCGUCCUAUUCAGACCUGAUACGUCUGGAAGAUUUUGUCAAUUCGCUCCAGCCCAACUGUUCGUUGUCGGAGGCUAUUGCAAAAAUGCACCGGCUCUGCCAGGUCCUCAGCAAUGUUGCGAGAUUAUAUGUCGAGGCAAAAGCGCAGGCCCAGACGCAAGAGAACGAAGAUCUGGCGUCCGUGGGCCAAGAAUUUGAUGUUUAUCUGAGUGCUCUUGGCUUAGCGCCUACACAGCCCGAAGCCGGUGAUGUCCGAUGGAAUGGUCCUGUUCCUGUGCCAGGACCUAUCCCCCAAGGCUUGAGCGAAGGAGUCGAAGGUCAAGGAUUCCAUAACACUAUGCCCCCGACUACAUUGGGCAGCUGGUUCUCGGGAAACCAACAUAUGAUGGGACUCUUAGAGGAGGAUCUAUCACUUUUUGAUCCUUCUGCAUGGUCGUGAAAUUGUGUACAUGCCGUAUUUUGGUGCCGAUGUAUGCCCUGACAUUGACACAGCGUGUAGCACCUCCCGACAUCCAUGCUUGUUACACCUUUCAACAUGUAUUGC